AUGGCUACUGAAUUAACUGUUCAAUCUGAACGUGCUUUCCAAAAACAACCACACAUCUUCACCAACCCAAAAGCUAAGGCUAAUCGUCGUACCAAAAGAUGGUUUAAAGAUGUUGGUUUAGGUUUCAGAACCCCAAAAGCCGCUAUUGAAGGUUCAUACAUUGACAAAAAAUGUCCAUUCGUUGGUACCGUCUCAAUCAGAGGUAAAAUUUUAACUGGUACUGUUGUUUCAACUAAAAUGCACCGUACUAUUAUCAUUAGACGUGAUUAUUUACAUUAUGUUCCAAAAUAUAACAGAUACGAAAAACGUCAUAAAAACGUUGCUGCUCACGUUUCUCCAGCUUUCCGUGUUGAAGAAGGUGAUUUAGUUACUGUUGGUCAAUGUAGACCAUUAUCAAAAACUGUUAGAUUCAACGUUUUAAAAGUUCAAACUGCUGGUGGUAAAGCUAACAAAAAAUUUGCUAAAUUUUAA